AUGGCGACAACAGAAGGCCCAGAGUUCACGGCCAAGGAGGUCGCUGCUCACAGAGAAGCCAACGACUGCUGGAUGGUCAUCCACGGUGAAGUCUACGAUGUCUCAAAAUACAUCCACGACCACCCCGGCGGCGCAGAUGUCCUCAUUGAGGCCGCCGGCGUUGACGCUACCGAAGCCUUUGACAACGCGGGCCACUCCGAGGAUGCUUACGAGAUCAUGGCCGAAUUCCGCGUCGGCAAGCUCAAGGGCGUGAACAAGCGCUCGGCGCCCAAGGCCGUCCGUCUGGCUCCCAAGUCCGCACCCGCCGCCCCGGCCUCCUCCGCCUCCGGCACGGCUGCCCGCGUCGCAUCCCAGGCCGCCGCCGCCGCCCUUUUCAUCGGCCUCGGCGCCGUCGCCGCUCGUCACGCCUCCUCCACCCCAGCCGGUCAGGAUGCCAUCGCCGCCAUCCAAAGACUCAACCUCCAGCUGCCCUCAUGGCUUUCCUUUGGCGGCGCCGCCCGCACCAAGCGCACCGGCUUCGGCUUCGUCGAGGGCUUCGCCGUCGCCUCUGCCUUCUUUGCCGUCGCGGGCUCCAUCGCCGCAAAGGAGGCCUCCAAGCUCCUACACUACGAGAUCACCCCCAUGCACUACCGCCCGCACAAGAAGAUGCCCAAGGUCGCUAAGCCCAACCCCCUCAACCAGCGCGGCUGGCUCGACCCGGUCUCCUACCACCCGCUCCCCCUCAUCGAGAAGACCCUGCUCGCCCCCAACGUCUACCGCUUCGUCUUCGAGCUGCCCACGCCCACCACCGUCCUCGGCCUGCCCAUCGGCCAGCACGUCUCCAUCAAGGCCGAGAUCGACGGCAAGUCCGUCAGCAGGUCUUACACCCCGACUUCCAACAACUCGGAUCUCGGCAAGCUUGAGCUCGUCAUCCGCUGCUACCCCGACGGCCUGCUGACGGGCAAGUACCUCGCCAAUCUCGAGGUCGGCGACGAGGUGCUCUUCCGUGGCCCCAAGGGCGCCAUGCGCUACCGGCCCAACAUUGCCAAGAAGAUCGGUAUGCUCGCCGGCGGCACAGGCAUCACGCCUAUGUACCAGCUCAUCCGCGCCAUCUGCGAGGACGACCGCGACACCACCGAGGUCAGCCUCAUCUACGCCAACCGCUCCGAGGCCGACAUCCUGCUGAGGGACGAGCUCGAGGCGUUCGCGAGAAGGUACCCCAAGAACUUCAAGCUGCACUACCUCCUCGACUCGCCCCCCGAGAACUGGACCUACGGCGUCGGCUACGUCACCCAGGAGAUGAUGGCCGAGCGCUUCCCCGCUCCCGGCGACGGCUCACGCGUCAUGCUCUGCGGCCCGCCGGGCAUGGUCGCCGCCGCCAAGAAGUCGUUGGCGAACCUGGGCUUCGAGAAGCCCGGCGCCAUCGCCAAAAUGUCUGACGCCGUCUUCUGCUUCUAG